AUGUCAGCAAUAACACGUUUUCCACUCGUAUCAUCAUCCGCUUUAUGUCGUCUGUCAUCAUUGAUGGCUAGUAAGAAUAAUUUAUUUCUGAAUCAACUACCAACAAUAACAGCUGCACAACCUCAACGUUCAAUUCAAACAUCAUCAAUAAAAUAUGAUAUCGAUAGCGCAGCAAAAUAUAUUGGUGCUGGAGCAGCUACAGUCGGUGUGGCAGGCGCAGGAGCUGGUAUUGGAACAGUAUUUGGCUCAUUGGUUGUUGGUUAUGCUAGAAAUCCUAGUUUAAAACAGCAGUUAUUUUCCUAUGCUAUAUUGGGUUUUGCAUUAUCUGAAGCUAUGGGUCUGUUUUGUCUUAUGAUGGCAUUCAUGUUGUUAUUUGCAUUUUAA